GUGGUGACUUCUGGAGGGGGAUUGCUGUGUCCAGUAUGCAGAAUGCAGCACCCUGUGCUCAUCUGCAGAGAUGGAUUGGGUUGUGACAUGAUUCCUUAAUGGCUUCCUAGACCAGAGAGGAUCAAAGCAGGACAUGCACUUAACACCUUGGUGCCACUUUGCACACUUGAAGUCUUGGCUCAUUCACAGCUGCCAGCACUUGGCUCCAAGUCAGCUCCUCUCAGUCCUGCUCUGCUCUGGCUCCCGAGGACAGCAGGCAGGAUGACCCAAAACAUGGUGACUGUGAACGGAGUCAGUGUGGCCUCUCUGCCGCCCCAGCCCACGCACAUCAACAUCCACAUCCACCGGGAGUCAGCUCUGACACAGCUGCUGAAGGCAGUGGGAUCCCUGAAGCAGUUGCUUUCUCACCCUCGGGACUCUGGGCCUUCCAAGGCCAGGACAAGCAAUGAGCAGCUGGCUCUAGGGGUGAAGCAGAUACUGCUGGGGGUUGUAAGCUGUGCUCUUGGAGUGAGUCUCUACUUUGGGCCCAGGACUGAGCUGCGAGUCUUGGGCUGUGCCUUCUGGGCAGGGUCUGUGGCAAUUGCAGCAGGAGCUGGGGCCAUUGUCCAUGAGAAACACAGGGGCAAACUUUCAGGCUGUGUGUCAGGGCUGCUCACCCUGGCUGGCAUUGCUGCCACUGUGGCUGCCAUUGUUUUCUGUGUGAGGACCUUAAUCUGGCAAACAGAUGACUUAAACUAUAAGAAGUUCAACUCCGUGUGUGAUAGGCUAGUCCCUGUCACCACAACCACUAAUUACAGAUGGAGGAAUAACAACUCAGACUGGAGGACAGAGAAUUGUAGAACAUUGAUGAAAAUGACCCUGCACCUCUUCCUGGGAUUCUGUAUCCUGCUCACAGUUGUCUGUAUUCUGAAUGUCAUCGUGUCUUUGGCUUCCCUGGGACUGCAUCUUCGAAGCAUGCGUGGCCGAAGCUCUGAGUUCCUAGAUGAGAAAGAGUCAAACCAGAAGCUUCUGAGGGUGAAUCCAGUGACCCCUUCCACCUCCAAGGAGGAGACCCUGACUGUCAUCAACCUGUGAGCGGCCGAAGACCCUGCCUAGGUUCCUGCGUGUUCCUGUCAAAGCAGCCCAGGGCCCAUGGGGAUGACAGAACUGUCCCCAGGCCCUCUCCUGGCCCCAUGCCUCACACUUGCCUCUGCCACAGCCACUAUCCAUUCCUUCUCCUUCUUCUCUUCCUGCUUCCUCUCCCACCAUUCCUCUCCAGUGCCCUCUGUUCCAGGAAGAGAUAUUGUCACAUUUUCCCCAAUGCUGAUUAAAGAGAAAAAAAAACCCAGGAAAAAUAAUUUCUCUCAGGAAGAUGGACUCUCCCUUUAUUUACACAAGUCUUGUGCUGGGAAUGGCCUUCCCUUGUGUGAUAUGUGUGGUUCCUGAUCUUCUAGAGUCCGGAGUCCACAAACGGUCAGUCAGGAAAACUUGAGCUCCAAACUACCAGCAGUCCCCAUCCCCAACCCGAGGAAAGAAGUUAGAGGUGCAAAGAAAUUUAGAACAACUGAACCUCAAUAUUUAUUUCACUCCAGCAAUGGAGGAAUGGAAGCCCCUCAUUCUCUGCUAAAGAAAUUAAUGCAAAUGUAGUUGAGCCCAGAAGCAAAGUUGAGCUGAGAUACAUAAUGUGUGAAGAGAUUGUGUUCAUCAGCUUUCCAUCACUAUAACAAAUGCCUGAUGUAAUCAACUUAUAAAAAGAAAACCUGUAUGAUUUGAGAAGUUUCAGUCCAUGGUUUGGUGACCUCAUUGCUUUUGGUCCCAUGGUGAGGAAACACAUUAUGGUGGAAGCAGGUGAUGGAACAAAACCUCUUACUUCAUCACCAGGGAGGGUGAAAAAAGGGGGAAGAGGAAGUGGCCAGUAUGCCACUGUCCCCUAAGAACCUCUCAUCAGGUGCCACCUUCAGGUUCCACUGCUUAUUGACUAUUAUAAAAGAAUUAGGUCCCUUAAGCUCAGGGGUCUGCUCCUAGAACCUUGCCCAGUGCACAUAUAGGAGUCACUGCAGUGUAUUCUGUGUUGCCCUGGGAAUCAGCAUCAUGGGACCAGUGUGGAAAUGCUAUCCCAUGGCUGCUGCCAUUGCUGAGUAAUAAGUGGCUCUGCAUCUUUGACUCAGAUUUUGUGGCUUCUACCAGCAUCUAUAAAAUGGCAGCAGGCCAAUGUGCUGACCCUUCAUUGAUCCUAUGUCUGACUGUAUACAAGGGUUAGGAUACAGACUGACUUAAAAUAUACUUGCUGGAGUCCACAAUAACCAGAGGCCAGACAUAAAAACCCUAUCUUACAAAGAAAGAAUAUUACUUGAUUGCCAGAUUUGUGGUAUAGCAGGCAGCAAGGUGGUGUGCUAAUGACUGUUGAGUAACAAUGGGGAACAGGAGAAGGGAGGCUAUAAAGGAGAAAAUUUCAGGGAGAGGGAGGCUCUGGCAUUUCUGUAGGUGCAUAAACACCUGUGCUCAGGGCUUGUGUGCCUCAGCAGGCGCACAAGAUGGGGCUUCAUGACUUGUCCACUCAGUAGCCUGAUCCCAAGAAACUGGCCAGCCAGCGGGGGAGAGACCCUAACACUCUGCUCAAAGUGCUUUCCCCAUUGUUGAUUGAGCAACUCCUGUGCAGCCCCCAGGAUGCCUCUGAUGGCUGGGACCAUGCCCACACCUGCUCUGGCCGCAGGGCUGCUGUGCCUGGUGUCCCUCACAGCUAGCCCACUGGGGUGUCAUCAGGUCCUUGGGCCAGUGUCAUGUAGGGUUGCUUGACCUGCUCCUCUUUCCUCUCCCUCUACAUCUGACUUUCACUAUGUCCAGAAAAUCUGUCACCCUCUGGUUGGAAGCAUCCCACCCCCAUCCAGACAGGCUGGUCCAGGGCAGGCUCUCCCACAAUGAUCUCUAGAGUUUCCAGUAGAAUUUCUACGAUCACAGGCAUUUCUAGUAUAAUUUCUAGUAAAUCUCAGGCAUUUCCAGUAUCAUCUUUUUGGGCACUCAGAUGCCAACAGGAUAAGAGAGGCCUCUGGUAGUUUCAGUCUAAAUUUUUAGCCCAAACCAUCAGAGAUCAAGACAUGCUUCUGAAAUGUCUUUCCGUCAAGGGUCCAACUACUUGGUCAAAAGAAGAAGAAGCAUACUUGGGAAGCAGGAACCAGUGCUGUCAGUUUUCCUACUGAAUUGAUCAGGCUGUUGAGGGCCCAUCCUUCCUGAUGUCCUCUUUCUACUGGAGCAGGCUCCUCCUUCUCUGACCCAAGACUUUGCCCUUCCUGUUUCCACUUAAAGUAGAUGACCUUGCUACCCCAGAGGGGGCUGUGUAAGAACUGCCCCAUUUCAAAUUGGGUACAUCUGUUCCUUGGGGUGUCUCUGGAGCAGGCGAGGUAGACGAGGGGUAAUGGUGGCCAGGAAGGAUGAAGGUAUGGUAGAACUUCCCUUGCAAUCAUGAGGCCUUUGCGGGUAGGGGAGAGGAUUCUCCUGGAAGGUCAUACCCAACAAAAGGACGGCACAAUGCUGAUCCAUUGGCACCAUCAGAACAGGUAGGGGGGCAUGCCUGGUAGAGUUGUGGACAGGAGUGAAGAUGUCAUAGAUUUUUGGGACCAUAAUCCUCUGCUUCUCCAUGGGUUGGGACUGUCUUGUGCCAGCCUCACAUGGGAUGUUAAUAUAUAUUCACUCAAUGAACAAAUGAAAUUUUCUUUCUUUUUGGGGGGUGAGGGCUAGGGUAAAGGCAGAUUCUUUUCCACUUCUAAAUUCUGUAGAAGAAGGAUUCUGAUGGUCCCAAUUCUUGCUGUUCGCAGUGCAAUUCAUUGGCUUGUCGCAUUGGCAACAUAAGGAGCUUGCUAGAGUGGCAAAGUGUCUACCCCAACCCAGACAGACCAAGAAGAAUUUGACUGUCCCAAGACCCAAGGGGCUGUAUGCUCAGGAAGUUUUAAAAUGUGAACUCUCUGUGGCCUGCAGGGGAGAAUAAAAUUCAGAUAAAGAAUUAGGUGCUUUCAGUUUAACGUCUGUUUUUUUCCUUUUUAUGAUUUGCUCACUGUGGGCUUUUAGCAAGGAAUUUUGGUGAGGCAAAACACAAGCAGAGUUGAGCCCAAGGCUCUGGUCAAGAGGCUCUUGAUGGUGUUAAUUUCUGUUCCCCAGUGUUUCUAUACCAGUCAGGUCAGAUAGAAAUUCUUUCCCUUUUUCAUUCUGACAAAUGAAUGUCAGCUUUGUUUUUGCGUGAAAUAUUUUGUGUCAGAUUCUGGCAACUUCUUUUAUCCCCUACCCCCUUCUUUUAUCUCCUUUCUAUCUAAUCCCCCCACCCCCGCUCUUCUGUGUCUGUCUACCUUGCCCUCCUGCCUUGUGAAUAGCCUAGAAACUUCUGAAUCUCUCUCUUUUUCAUCACCAGAUGUUGCCAACCCCCUCGCUUCUGUUUACUUCACAAAGCCAACUAUUUGACUUUUUUGCGCAACUCCAUCUUGGUGGUGAGUCUGUAUAUCCACAGAUGGAAAUGACUUCAUGGCCCUUCUGGCAAAUAAUCACCAUCCUGUUUAUGAAUAAUGUAUUUAUCUAAGCGUUUAAAACCAUUCUGAGCAUAAACAGGAAAUGGGUUUUUCCCCCUAAUCACUGCUUUUAACUCUGCGCUGUUAACUUACCAUUUCCCCACUAGAUCUCGGGUUCCCCUAACAUCAGGACCAGAUUCUAGAUUCUGUAAUGACUCACUGAAUGGACUCCCAUUUGGUGUUCUAGGCUCAAUCCUGUUCAUUUUAAAAAUGCAGUCUUGCUCAAUCUCAGUGCAGCUGAUGUUUGUGGUCUUUAUUUAUACACUAUGAGUGGUGAGCAUGUCGGUUCCUGUUGCUUAGUCUGGGAAGCACUUGGGAAUUUCUCUGCCCUCCUCAUCUUACCUGCUUGGGUCAAUCAGGAAAAUUCCUGGAAAGGUAUGCAGGAUACCAAAAAGAGAGAAAUAUGAACUGUUGGGAAAGGGAGGGCUUUCUUGUAGCAGGAAUAUAUAUGUAUAUAUAUUAACUGUUUCAUACCCCUACAAGGCCCCAGCAUUGUCUUUACAGAUGUUUCUGGGUGAUGGGGUAAAGCCCCAUUGCCUCCUACUCUGCAGAGAAGAUUCCAGAACUUCAGAUCCAAAGAAAUGCUUGCAGAAAAACUGCAACUAAGUUUUAGGAAAACUGUAACUUUUACUAAAACGAUUCCCAUCUGAACUAGGAAUGUUAGCUGCUAAAGAGGCACUUUUGGGGGCAACCUCCUUUACUUAUGGGGCAAAAAUUUGCUAUGCCUUUACAUCACCUCUCUCUCUCUCUCUCCCUCCCGCUUUCUCUUAGACAAGCUUUUCAGAGAAACAAGAAAUUAGCCAAAACUUUGGAAUCACUGUUUCAUUCUUUUCAGGUGGCCUACAGGAAACUUUGACUAAUGUAAUACUAAAUUCUCUACCCAGCAUGCUUAAAUUUGCCAUGUUUUUUGACAAGUGCCAUAUGACUUCUAUCUGAGCAUGCUUAGGAAUAUACAUGCGGCCUUUAUAUGCGUUGAUGAGUUUUCCUAUCUGAAUAUGUAUAAGUGUCCUCAAUAACAGAUCCUUCUUUGUUCAGGGAGACCCUGCUUUGAGAAUUAGCUCCAGUGCUCUCCUUAGUUGCUGUAACUAACAAAUCUGUCUCCACUUUUAAUUUCCUGGUUGUGCUUAUUGGCUUCGCCAUCACCAGUCUGCUAGUCCUCUUGUGUCUGGUUACAGGAAGAAGACAUAAUUGCUCAUUGGCACUGGGUGCAUCUAGGGGAAUGUGCAGGUUUCAUCUCAUUCAACUCCAUUCUCCAGUCCCCGUUGCCUCGUUGUUUAAUGUUUCCUCUCCCUCUUUUAUCCCUGGCUCAAGACAGCUUCACUGUACAGUAUAUGCAAGUCUAAAUUCUGUCAUUUAUUUUCAUUUUUCAUCUCCUUAUUUCUCUUUGUUAUAUUCUGAUUCGAUUCUUCAUAAUUAUUUUCUGAGUUUGCUAAUUUUUACCUUAGUUAUGUAUAAUAUGCAUUUAAACAUUCUAUUAAACUUAAAUUCCAUUUAAAAAUUUUUAGAUAUCAUAUAUCCUUCUUUUUCAAAUAUUUGUUUUUUGAUGUUAUCUUACCCUUGAAUCAUAUCAGUGAUAAUCUGUAUCUUUAAAUGGUUUAAACUUACAACAUUCUUUAUUUUAUUUUCUAUAGGAAAAAUACCAAAUUUUGAAAUCUUUGCAGUUUUCUACCAACUUUCACUAAUGAUGCUGUAUUUAUAUUUUAAAUUUUUAUUAUUAAAUACAUUCAAAUUGUUGUGCAACCAUGACCAUAAUUCCUUACCAGAAUUUGUAUUAUCCCAAACUGUCUACAUGAGACAAUAGCUUAUUUCCUUCUCUCUCUAGUGUUUGAAUAACUAUUAUUCUACUUUCUUUAUGAAUUUUACUAUUGUAGGCAACUUAUAGAAGUGGAAUCAUAGACUAUUUGUCAUUUUAUGAUUGGUUUAUUUAACUUAGCGUAAUGUUUUCAAGGUUUAUCCUUGCAGAAUAUAUCAGAAUUUCAUUCAUUUUCAAGUAUGAAUAAUAUUCCAUUGUAUGUGCGUACCAUAUUUUGUUCAGCCAUUCUUCUGCUGUUGGACACUUGGAUGUUUCUACUUUCUGGAUAUUAUAAAUAAAGCUGCUAUGAGCACUGAUGUGUAAA